ACACGCCAUGUAACGGACAAACAACAGGAAACAAACAGAAGCGGGAUGAAGCCGAACCCACACAUCCUCUUCCUCGAGUUUCUCCGUGGAGCUUUAUUUCCUCCCCUCGCAUCAGAUUAGAGAAGUUGAAGCGCGUCUCUGCGUCUGCAGAACUUAUGUCCAGUCUCGUCUCUCUCAGCUCGAGCAGUUUGACGGUCAGGUUGUAGUUUGGAGUCCCGGGGCUGCAGCUCGGGGUUGCGGGGCUUUGUGCGUAGCUUCACCCGGCAGAGACGGGUGGAAACCUUGGGGAGCUUUUCUGUCAGAGACCAGUGCGCCAUGCGAGGAGUAAAAGUGCGACAUUUCCACAGCAACACUUGGAGCCAGCAGUUUUGGGAUUGAAAAGUGAAAACGUGUGAGCAGCUGGAAGUCAGUCAAAGUAGCCAGAAGAGAAAACGUUUGUGAAAAAGAGGAUAAAUAAAUAAAACAUUUCGCCAAGAUGGGGAGAAAAAAGAUUCAGAUAGCGCGGAUCAUGGACGAACGGAACAGACAUGUGACAUUCACCAAGCGCAAGUUUGGUCUGAUGAAGAAGGCGUACGAGCUGAGCGUGUUGUGCGACUGUGAGAUCGCGCUCAUCAUCUUCAACAGCACCAACAAGCUGUUCCAGUACGCCAGCACCGACAUGGACAAAGUUCUGCUCAAAUACACCGAAUACAACGAGCCCCACGAGAGCAGGACCAACUCCGACAUCGUGGACACGCUGCGUAAGAAGGGUUUAAACGGCUGCGACAGCCCCGACAUCGAGGCCGACGACUCCGCCGGCCAGAGCCCAGAGUCAGACGACAAGUACCGCAAAAUAAACGAGGACAUCGACCUGAUGAUCAACAGGCAGAGAGUCUGUCAGGGUCUGCCGCCCUCCAACUACGAUAUGGGAGUGUCCAUCCCAGGCGGUAAUCACAGCGGACUGCUGUACUCCCACCCCAGCAUCGGCUGCGGGCAGGGUAACCACAACCUGCUGCCCAUCUCUCACACACACCUGCAGAGGAACAGCAUGUCCCCUCAGAGGCCCUCCAGCGCUGGGAAUGCAGGACUGAUGGGUUCAGAGCUGACGAGCACCGUGGUCUCCAGCGUGGCAGGAAACAGCAGCUACAGUAACCACUGCACCUCCCCCGGGCUGCUGUCUCCAGGAGGCGUUUCCAAAAACAUGCAGGAUAAGAGUCCUCCUCCAAUGAGCAUGAGCCGUAAGCCGGACCUCCGCACUCUGAUGCCCCCCUCCAACAAGUGCAACAACAUGCCGACCAUUAACCAGAGAAUAAAUCACUCUCAGACCGCUCAGACGCUGUCCACUCCUGCUGUGUCCAUCGCUGCUCAGACUCUACCUGGACAGGGGAUGGGCGGGUAUCCGUCCACACUCUCCUCUUCUUAUGGCACAGAGUUCUCCCUCGGCAGCGACCUGUCCUCUCUGUCUGGGUUUGGCGGUUCUGGUCUCGGAUCCGUAACAAACUGGCAGCAACAGCAGAUACAGAAUCUGCAGCACUCAGCGCUCGGACACAUGGGGAACUUGUGUCAGACUUCAAACCUAAACCUCCCCUCCGGUCAUCAGCAGCUCCACAUCAAGUCCGAGCCGGCCUCCCCUCCCAGGAACCGGAGCGUCGGCAUGCUCUGCACGGGACUCGGAGGGGGCAUGACCACGGCAGUCUACUCCAACGCCGUCCGGGGCCACAACGAAUCGGGGCACUCCCCCGGCGACAGCGCGUCCAGCUGCGGGAGCUCGUACGAAGGCAGCGAGGAGCGCGAGGAUCACCAUGGCAAUGACAGCUUCCUCCUCCGACCUCUGUCCAGCCAGGAGGAGCACCACAGCCCGUCAGUAAAACGGAUGAGGCUAUCGGAGGGAUGGGCGACAUGAUGGGAGCUGGUCUACAGCCAGAGGGGAGGGGAUGUUAGUAAAGUUACCUUAUAGUAUUAUUAUUAUUAUUAUCAUCAUCAUAUUCUUCUUGUACUGAGUGGGUGUGCUAAAUGUGUAAUGUAAGGGGGGGGGGCAGAUUCAGACGCUGUCAACCUAUUUUAUAUGGAUACAGUGAUGUUCUGCUGUAUUUACAACAUGUACUGUAGCUAGACUUUCUAAUCUAGAGGAGAGACUCCUGGGACAAUACGAAUUUAUCAAACUUCUAAGAAUAUAAAAGUUAGUUAAUCAAGCGACUUCCUUCUGCUCACAGCAAAGUGACAGUAUUGAAUCACUUGCAUUCUCAGAGGAGUUACAACCGAUCAGAUACAAGGAACUUACACGAUACGGACAAAAGUACUGGGACACCCCUGUCCCAAUACUUUUGGGAGGGGCUGUUUUUUCAUGGUGCGGACUUUAAGGGAAAUGUUAACACUACAGCAGACAGACAAUUUUAGAAAAUAGUUCUUCAAACAGUUUGUAUUUGGACUUUUCUUGUUUAAAUAUAAAUGAUGCCCUCGUGCACAAAGCCAGCUCCAUAAAGAAAUGGUUUUCCCAGUUCGGUGUCGAAGAACAGAGCCCUGACCUCAACCCUGUCGAACACCUUUGGGAUGAACUAGAACGGGGACUGUGAGCCGGUCCCUCUCUUCCAACAUCAGUGUCUGACCUCACAAAUGCUCUUCUGGAUGAACGGGAAAAAAUUCCCAAAUACAAACUUGUAGAAAGCCUUCCCAGAAGAGUGGAAGCUGUUAUAGCUCAACAACUCCAUAUGUGUGCCCUUAGAUUUAGAACAGGAUGUCAUAAAAGUAAUGUGUAGCUGUCCCCGUACUUUUGUCCAGGCAGUGUACCUACUUUGCAGCUCAUUCUUUAACACAAAUCUGCAAAAAUAUGUCUUUUAAAGUUCAUGUACUUUCUCCAGUAGCAAUUCACUUGUCAAAAAAACAUAAAUCUUAUAUAUUUAUAAUAUGCAAUAGGCAUUAAAUGAUUAAAAUUACAAGAAAUUGGCUGAAAUGGAAACAAAAGUAACUUCUUCUGCUGAUGCAUCAGAGAUAUCACACAAUAAGGAGAACUUAGUAUCACAUUCACAGUGAAGAUUUAUGGAAAAGGAUUGCAGACAAAAUCACUGCCGUCUAUAUUCUUGUUUGCACGAAUGAAAAAGAAAGAAAAAGUGGUGUAACAGUAUCAAAUGUUUAAACCACAUUCCAAACAGUACUGAAGGCUAAAACUGCCCAAGUCUGGAUUAUACACACAGCUUAUUACUCUUCAUGAGUGUUUUGGUUUUAGUUAUUCAGCUCUGCUGCGUCCAAAAACGUCACUUCUAGCAGUUUGAUAAAUUGCUGUCCAGGAUGUCAUCUGAGGCGAACAUGUGCUGACAGUUUGUCGGUGUACAUGUGUUGCUUGUUUUGAGUGUGUGUGUUUCCGGGGUGGGUGGGGGGUAAUAAGUAAGUUACAUGCACACAUUCAUGAAUGUGUGCAACUAACAAAAAGUUUAAAAAGUGAAGACGUCUGGUACUCUGAACAGUGAAGCUACUGGUGAGUUUAAUAACGUGGAUCAUUGGAGCCAUGAGAGCAGGCGUGCUGGAGGUGGGCCGCUCAGUCCGCCGCUGCACACGCCGUGUUGCAGGUUCAACAUAUUCGCACAGUAAAACAUAUAAAACACAUUUAUAUAUGAAUGUAUGGAAGGUAAAGUGUGGCAAAUAAAAAGGAGGUAGAAAGAGAGAGAGCGCGUACAGGAAGAGAAAGAUGGAGAAAUGUAGCUCUGGUGAGAGAAAUGGUGACGGGGGAAGUUUUAGUUUGAGUGAAGAAGUUAUUUGCAACAGGUUGCAUAGAAAAGAUUUCAGAUUUCACUUGAUGUGAAGACAUUUAUAAGAGUUAGUGAAUCAUUUUCAGAGUUGUGUUAGCAAAAGUGACUUUCAGCGAAUGCAAUCCAGAUGUGUAAAAGUAUCUUCUUAUCUUAUAAAUUUCUGAAUAUCUGAAAACUAAACAUUAACCACUACUGAAUACUUUUCUUUUACAACCACUAUAAAAUAUGUGACAUAGAGACAUUCACAUACAUACACAAAUACUCAAACAUGAGUUAAAUAUAAUCAAAGGCAAGUGGGAAGUUGAAAGUUUAAACAAAGACGUCCUGUAAAAACAAAUAAACAGGAUUAAAUUCAUUAUAAAUAACUGAAAACUACAAAUCAAAAAUAAGGGAAGUUAAUGUCUCUAAGAUGUUUUUUAAGAUAUUAAGAACCCCCCCCCCCCCCGAGUUGUGCAACUUUAAAAAACACAUUUUUGAUUUUGUUUUUUAAAAGGUUGAAAUCUUCAGAUUCUUGAAAAUUCAAAUGUCCAAUAUUCAGUUUUUAUUUCAUAAAAUUUAACGUCCAUUAAAAAUAAAUUGCUUAAGUUGGAUUCACGUUAAAUGCUUAAUCCAAACUCAUAAUGUGCUACGGUCAGGUUUGUUGUGUUCAGUCACAUGUUCAGAGAAAGAGAAAUUCAGCUCUGGACACUUACCACAACUUACUGAUCGUGCGAACCUGCUAAAAUAAAAAUCUCAUUUGGAAAUUUACAAAACCUGAAAUAACGUUCUGAAAAUGUCAGAGAGGGGAAAUCUAAACACAUGAAUUGAAACAGAUUGCUUUAAAUUUGAAUAUUUCAAUGUCAAGUAUUUAGUAGUGGUUGCAUUUCACAAUUCAGUUAUUUAAAAAAUAAAUUAUGGCCUUUACAACAUAACAUGAGUUAUUUUCCUGUAAAAGAAACAAAGCAUCUGUGGUUAACAAAUAAAAGAGAGAAGUCACAUCCAAACGUCGCUCAUGGCCUUGUUACGCACAGAGAGAGCUAGCAUGUGCUAAUAAUAGCUUUGCAGGAUUUAGCAGAGUGAGGAUUGCACUUCAUAAAAGCCAUAUCCAACAGGACAACGAUGCUUUGCUGCACAAAGUUGAUAGUGUUGUGUUUUUAGAGAAAAUUUAUUCCUUAUUAUAUCAAAUCCAUAUUGUUGGAUGUCUGCAGCGCUAUUUAAUAACAGUAAUAUAAAAAGACAGGAAGCACAGCUGCACGUCAUUUUCUAUUAAACAUUCAGGGAGAUUUUAAGUCAGUUUUAAGUUAAGUUUUACAAAAGAAAUCACAUUUAAAGUUCAGCUGGUGUCAGAGCCAACAUUAUGUCACAGUGACAAUCUCACAGAGCACAAAGGAAACCGGCAGUUUUUUUUCCCAGGAUACAGUUUCAAAGCAACUACUUUGUGGUGAUUAUUAAAAUGUACAGUGGUGGAAGAAGUACUCCGAUCAUUUACUUAAGUAAAAAAGUGCCAGUACAACAAAUAUAUCAUUACAAGUCCGUCAUUCAAAAAGUAUACUUCAGUAAAAGUACAGAAGUAUUAUCAGCAAAAUUUACUGAAAGUAUCAAAAGUAAAAGUACUCGUUCUGCAGUAAGAUGUGACUGAUGAACAUUGUCAGCUACUUUUAACGGUUAACUAGUUUAGUCCAGUGGCUAAUCUGUGCUUCUCCUUUUUCCUCUAAAACAUUAGAUGAUUUUACAUCUUUGGACUAAAAACAAUUCUUUAAAUCAUUAAUCAAAACAUUACAUUUUAAUGAAACUAUGUGAGAAGUUUAGAGGGGAAGUGUCUCUGCUAACAACUGGAGACACAACACUAAACUGAUUUUUGAGGUUAAUCUUCAGCUGUCAGACAAAUGGAGUAGAAGUAUCCUAAAAUUGUUGUACUUAAUUAUGUGACUUAAGUAAAUGUACUUAGUUACUUUCCACCACUGUAUAUUUGUGCUGUAACUCUCUACAAGGGCAUUGUGGACAUUUUGAAUCAUUUGUGCCUUGUAUCUAAAACUGGGUCUGACACCCCGCCACAAUAAGAGGAUGUACAGAGUAGCUGAAGGACUUCUGACUGAUGCCCACAGGUUUUAUUUUCUUUUAAGAGGCAGAGAGGUGGCUGGGGGUUGUUCACAUUUGAAUAUUUUGUUUUAAAAACUGUAUAUUUGGAGCUUAAACCCUCAGCCACAGCCCCCACUCUGUAUGGGCCCCAUUUUAAAUCCAGCGGCUAAAUUCAUUUGAGUCCCCGUAGCUGCUCGAGUUUAAAAAAGGCACUGCCAUUUAGUCAGGAACUACAAAGUGAUGUCUGUGGAAAAGGGCAGAGCCCAGAUGUGUUUUCUUCCACACUCUUUAAUGAUGACCGUGUUGUCUCUGGGGUUGGUCGGCUUCCAGCUCAGAUUUCCUGCACAACGCCUGACACCGUCGGUAAAACAGAGCUGAAGGACAGGAGAGCCAGGAGCUCGUCCUCAGGCUCCAGGUGGAGUCGAGCGUGUGCAGGUGGAGGUGGUGGAAGGUCGAGUGUAAACUAACCAAAGUGUGAAAUACCCUGUUUAUGUGUGUGUUUGAUUUGAUUCUUUAAUAUGUAACUGCCUGGACUUUGUCAAAUCUGUCAUCUACUUGUACCUCAAACGCCCCGAUGAUAUUCUUUUAUUUGACAUCAGUGAAUGUCCUCUGUACUGUAAAUGUACACUUUGGGCUACAGUUCCCUCCCUCUUUUCAUGCACUAUUGCUUCUAAUAACCACAAGUUAAAUAUUCUACGAGAUUGUUAGCGGCAUAAGCUGGCCUUUGUCGCCACUUGGAGACAAUGUUUCUCAGAAGAAAAAUAAAGUGCACCUCUGUUGUCACAAUCAGAGAUCAUGUACAGCAAAUCCCUCACUCAGAAAUGUGGUAGUAUUUGUAUUUUGCAGAAAAAUAUACAGGCUCUGUUAUAAUUGUC